AGAUCUGCUCUCACUAUCCAUAAAAACGAACACAGAGAAAGAUGUCUCAACAGGUCAGACUGAGGCUGCUGCCCAGCUCCAGGUGUUUGUUCGAUGAGCCCGUUCAGCUGAAGGUGUCCGGGCUGCGGUCCAGGCAGGUGGUCACCAUGAGAGCCAGGUCCACUGAUGAAAAGGGGGUGGUGUUCAGCUCCUCGGCCACCUACAGAGCUGAUGGUAACGGGGAGAUUGACCUGAGCAGAGACGCCUCACUUAACGGGACAUAUGUUGGAGUUGAGCCCAUGGGUCUGUUGUGGUCUUUGAGAGCAGACACCUUGCACAAAAGAUUUCAUAAGGUAAAUUCCUUAAGUCCUCAUGUGGUAAACCUCUCGGUGCAUGAAGAGGAGAGGCUGCUGGCUGAGGCGACUAAUGAGAGGUUUCUAAUGAGAGAGGGAGUCAGCCGGGCUCCUGUCACACAGGGGGAUGUACGUGGAGUCCUUUUUACUCCUCAAGGUGGGCAGUAAAGGAGUUGGUAUCAUAUCCAUUUCAAAAAGUGGAGAUCUUGCUCUGUCAGCAGCCUCUUAUCUACCAGGAGUUGAGGCUGUUGUUUGCAUUAAUGGCUGUUCUGCUAAUACAGCUCUACCUCUCUACUAUAGGAAGAGACAAAUCCACCCUGCUUUAAUGUUUGAUGUUAAAAAAUAUAUGUCUUCCGGGUCAGGAGCCAUGAUUAUUAAAUACUCAAUGCACAACCCUCUAGAAGAGGAGAACAGAGCCUCUCUGAUCCCUAUAGAAAAAGCCAACAGUCGUUUCCUUUUUGUGGCCUCAGAGGACGACCUCAACUGGGACAGCAAGGCCUACAUGGAGCAGAUGGUGGAGAGACUGAAGCAACAUGGGAAGAACAACUUUGAGAGUGUGAGUUACCCUGAAGCUGGACACUAUUUAGAGCCCCCCUAUGGACCGUACUGUCCCUCAAGCUAUCAUCCAGUUGCACGCAG